AUGGCCUUGGAGGCACACGGCGACAGAGCUUCAUCAAGAAGUGCUCAUGAAAAGUAUCCCCGGGCCGCGUUGGAGCGCCACGGCUACGUGAAGACGUGUGCCACCCCGUUGCGCCGGGACGCAGGGAGCCGGUCGCGGCUGAGACUCGCUGUGACAUGGACUUGCCGAGGAGUGUCGUCUGCGGUCUGCGUCGCCUCCGUCUCCGUUGUUCUCGCUCUGCUGCUCAGAUUGGUCGACUGGGACGCGAGCGGCGGCAGCGGCAGCAACGGAAAUAGCAGCGGCUCCGGCUCUUGCCUUCAUUUGGCGUCGGGCUACGCUGCGGAGCUGCUGUUGACUGCGUGCUCCUGCGUACCCCCCUGCACUCUCGUAUGUGCCUUCUUCUGGGGCGUGCUGUAUUUGAUUCGCUGCGGGGUGCUCAUCCGCACCGCGGUGUUUCUGUUUGCCGUGUGCCACUUGGGCGAGUCCGCGGCGCAGUUCCUCCUGCGCGGCGCCGAGGAGCAGCUGCUGUCCCACCCCGUAACCCUGGUAGUCCUUGGCUGCCUGGGCAGCGGGGCUCUGCUGGUCGUCCGGCUGCGUCAGGGAGUGUUCAUCAUCGUCUUCAUCAGCGUCAUCAGGGCAGUCUCUCUCGUCUCUCUGGACAGAUUCCGGGCCAGCUGGAGACCCUACCUGGCCUACCUGCUGGGACUGCUGGGGGUUUUGCUUGCGAGGUAUGCUGACCGGCUCCUGCCGGCCCCAGGGACCAGCGGGACGGGGUGCUGUGGCUCUGUGACCGGGGCGAAGGAGGAGGACAUUCCUGUCUUCAAAAGGAGACGGAGGUCCAGCUCCAUAUCGGCCUCGGAAUUGAUGGCUCACAGUCAGAGCAACAGCAAGUCCCACCGCAGGACUUCGCUGCCUUGCAUUCCGCGGGACCAGAUUAUGUGCCAGCCAGAAUGGGACUUCAAGAGAGCUCUGAGCAGAUCUCAGUCUUCGAGCACAAGCGUGGUGGUGGACAUCGCGGUGAUGGGAGAGGCCCACGGUCUGAUCUCAGACCUGCUGGCAGACCCUUCGCUGCCCCCUAACACCUGCAGCUCUCUGAAGGCCGUCAGCAGCCUCCUCAGCACCCAGAUCAGCCUCCAGCCACUCCACCGGCUUCGCAUCCCUGCAGACACACACACCUGCUCUGACUCUGAGGAGGGGCCAGAAAAAGCAGAGAGACUGGCCAUUCCAAAGCGUCUAAGACGGAGUCUGCCCCCAGGAUUUCUGAGGAGAAUCUCGUCAACUUGGACCACGACCACCUCAGCUACAGGGCUGCCUACCUUAGAGCCGGGCCCUGUACGCCGAGACCGCUCAGCCAGCAUCAAACACACCACAGACAGUGAAUCAUGGAACAACUCAGUGAUGAUGACCAUCUCAAAGAGUCGCUCCAUGUCUGCCUCCUGUGCUGCCUCUGUCAUCACCUCCAACCACCUCUACAGCAAACCACUGGGAAGACCAGCUGUCCCCCCCUCCAUCGUAUCACCUCUAGGCUCUCCGUGCCCAUCUCCUCCAGCCCAGGGCACGCCCAUCUUAAGCCCUACCAUCAAAACAUGUUCAGUGCAGCUUCCUGAGCUGUCCGGGCCCCUGACAGAGCAAACCCAAGGCUCUGUGGCCCACAAGAGCCACCACAGAGCCUUAACUCACAGUCAGAGCGCCCCAAGCUCCACCACCCCUUACUGGCGGCCUCCAUCACUCUGCGGCAGCUGUGGCAGGCCGUUCAACAAUCGACUAAACCACAGGGUAGAAUCCGUCGACAAAGGGGACAGAAUACCCCAUCCAGACGAGCGUGCCAUCAUUUCGUCGGACUAUGACAGCACCUACGACAGCACCUAUGAGACCAACCACAGUGACAGCAGUGACUUUGCACAGAAUGAAGAAGAGGGUGAGGGAGGCAAGAAGCUGACUGAAGCAAAGGAAGGUUGUAGGGAGUAUCUGGCAGAGGACAUCGUUCUUCACCCACUCCUGCCAUCACCAGAGGACAAACAUAUCUUGGCCGCAGAGCCUUUAGCAUUGACAGCGCUGCAGCCUCUGAUGAGUCAACUCAACAACUGGAACUUUCCCAUUUUCCGUCUCGUGGAGAAGACUCAUGGCAAGACAGGCUGCAUCCUCAGUCAGGUUUCCUAUAAGCUCUUUGAGGACACAGGUCUUUUUGAGACCUUCAGAAUUCCUGUAAAAGAGUUCAUGAACUACUUCCAUGCUUUGGAGAACGGAUACAGGGUCAUUCCUUAUCACAACCGGAUCCAUGCCACUGACGUGCUACAUGCUGUUUGGUACCUCACCACUCAGCCUGUACCGGGCCUACCCAUUCUGCUCACUGAGAAUGGGAUACACACUGACUCAGAGAAUGGCAAUAAUCCUGGUGCCGCAGGCUUCCUUGUGUCCAAGAUGAACUCUGUGCUGGAAGACGGCUAUGGCUCCCUCGCCGGCCUUAUCCCUGGUCUGGAACUCAUGGCCCUGUAUGUAGCUGCUGCCAUGCACGAUUAUGACCACCCUGGAAGAACCAACGCCUUUCUAGUAGCUACUAGUGCACCACAGGCUCUUCUGUACAAUGAUCGUUCAGUCUUGGAAAACCACCAUGCAGCAUCAGCGUGGAACCUCUUCAUGUCUCGACCCGAGUAUAACUUCCUGGCUAACCUUGAACAUGUGGAGUUCAAGCGCUUCCGCUUCUUAGUCAUUGAAGCCAUUCUGGCGACUGACCUCAAAAAGCACUUUGACUUCCUUGCAGAGUUUAAUGCAAAGGUGGGUGAUGAAGGGGUGUCUGGUAUUGAUUGGACCAACGAAAACGACCGAAUGCUGGUGUGCCAGAUGUGCAUCAAGCUGGCUGAUGUCAACGGGCCGCUGAAAUGCAAUGAGCUGCACCUGCAGUGGACAGAGGGGAUUGUCAACGAGUUCUACGAACAAGGUGACGAAGAGGCCAACCUUGGCCUUCCCAUCAGCCCAUUCAUGGACCGCUCUGCUCCGCAGCUUGCUAAACUACAGGAGUCAUUCAUCACUCACAUCGUGGGACCUCUGUGCUCAUCCUAUGACUCUGCUGCUCUUAUGCCGGGACGCUGGGUUGACCUACCUGAGGGAGAGACGGAGCCAGACAACGCGAAGGACGGACAUGAUACAGAAGAGGAGGAUAUGGCAGAUGAGGACGCAUCAACAAGUUCUGAUACCUCCCAGCAAAGAGAAACCAAAAAGCUGAGCAGGAGGAAAGUGUUUUGCCAGAUAACACAGCAUAUUCUGGAAAACCAUGAAAUGUGGAAAAGAGUCAUUGCAGCAGAGGCCAUGGAAGAGGCUGAGAGAGGGGACCCGAACUGCAUCGGCAGCCCCACCGAUCCAAUCACAGCCAUUCAUGAGGAAGAGGAGGAGCAAGCCAGCAAAGAGGAGGAGUCGAUUGGCGGCCUUGAUGAAAGGGAAGAGGUGCCGACUAUAGAGGAAGAAGAAAAUCUUCAAUCAGAGACUUCAGGGGAAAAAGAGGAGGAUCCAGAGUAA